AAGACCCUUCAGGUAUGUUACAGUAACAUCUCUACCUGAGGAAGCAGACUAAAGGAUCUUUAGGCAUAAAAAUGUUUUUUUCCCCCUGGUUAAUACUCCUUUGCAGUGUUUGUUGGCUGAAGGAAAUUGUGUUUCUUCCACAUUGGAAGUAGGCUGCAGAAUCAGACUGCAGCGUCAUGUAUUUUGUGUUCAGCUGAUGAAGGGGAGAAAAGUGUGAUCAAAGUGAGGGAAGGAGCAGCAUUGGGGAGUUCCUUAGCUCUGGCUACUUUGUGCUAAAGCAAGAAUUUUAUGUUCCUUACAGUCAAUUUAGACUUGAUUUGCCAGUGAAAUUCUGAGUAUURCCCUACGGUUUGUGGUUAGUAGCACAUCAGAUUAGACCAAUUACUAUAUACUCAGUUAAAAGAAUAUAUUUUUUAUUGUCUUUCCUUAGGUUGYGCCAAAAUACCUGCCUGCUUCAUAUCAUGUGCUGCAGACAUGCUACUGUUUUCACUUGGUUACAGCUUUUGGGUUCAAUAAGCUUCAGUCUUUCUGCUCACAUCUCUGACGUUYCUAAUUAUAUUGACUCCAUAUGUCAGGUCUACAAAGACUAAUAGGCUCCUGCAUUUUUUUUCCUGCUUUGAACUAAAUUCCCAGUGCAGCAUCCAGAGGAGCAGGCUAAAGGUUUUGAAGCAGAUGUUGGAAGAUGUUAGCUGUGGAUACUGGGGUUGUGGAGGAGUGGUUAUCAGAGUUCAAGACAUUGCCAGAAGCAUCCAUAUCCAGCUAUGCUACCAGCUUGAAAGACAAGACUGCUUUGAUUUCAUCUCUUUACAAAGUAAUUCAGGAGCCACAGAGUGAACUUCUGGAGCCUGUUUGCCAUCAGCUMUUUGAGUUCUAUCGCAGUGGUGAGGAACAAUUGCUACGGUUUACGCUGCAGUUUCUGCCAGAAUUGAUGUGGUGCUAUCUUGCUGUCUCAGCCAGCAGAGAUUUGCAGAGCAGUGGAUGCAUAGAGGCUCUUCUCCUAGGAGUUUAUAACUUGGAGAUAGUUGACAAAGAGGGACAUAGCAAAGUGCUGAGCUUCACAAUUCCAUCUUUGUCCAAACCUUCAGUCUAUCAUGAACCUUCCAGCAUUGGCUCCAUGGCUCUCACYGAAGGGGCUUUGUCACAGCAUGGCUUGUCCAAGGUUGUGUACAGUGGACCUCACCCUCAGAGGGAGAUGCUGACAGCACAGAACAGGUUUGAAGUGCUGACUUUCCUUCUGCUCUGUUACAAUGCUGCCUUAAGCUACAUGCCUGCAAUGUCUCUUCAGUCGUUGUGUCAAAUUUGUUCAAGAAUUUGUGUCUGUGGAUAUCCUCGCCAACAAGUGAGAAAGUACAAGGGAGUCAACAGUAGGAUUCCAGUUUCRUCUGAAUUCAUGGUGCAAAUGUUAACAGGGAUCUAUUAUGCCUUUUAUAAUGGGGAAUGGGAUCUGGCUCGUAAAGCUAUGGAUGACGUUUUGUAUAGAGCACAGCUUGARCUGUAUCCAGAACCUCUGCUGGUUGCUAAUGCAAUAAAAGCUUCACUGCCUCAGGGUGCCAUGAAAUCUAGUAAAGAGGGUACAAGAUGCAUUCAGGUUGAAAUUACACCUACUUCGUCCAGAAUAUCAAGAAAUGCUGUGACUAGCAUGUCUAUCCGAGGGCAUAGAUGGAAAAGAAAUGAACAACCAGAGAAUGAUAAUUCUGACUUAGCCAUUGAAGAAGAACUGAUAGAAGUAUCUGAAAGCGAUGAAGGGUUUUACUCUAGGGCUACUUCUAGUGCAAGUCAGUCUGCCCUAUCUAACAGCAGCACCACGAGCAGCAAGAACCUCUUAGGGAAGAGCCAACGAAGGUCUGGAGGAAGCAAACCUGGAGGAAAGGAGAAAGAAGGAGAAACCUGCAGAGAGCACUUAUCACGAAAACAAACUCAGAGAGCCAUGAGUGAGAAUCUGGAGCUUGUCUCUCUGAAGAGACUGACACUAACAACCAGCCAGUCCCUGCCUAAGCCUGGCAGCCACAGCCUGGCCAGAACGACCACUACUGUGUUUAGUAAAUCCUUUGAACAGGUCAGUGGUGUCACAGUUCCAAAUAAUCGUGGUGGUGUCUCUGGUUCAGAGGCAAACAGGUUUUCAGCCUGCAGUCUUCAGGAGGAAAAAUUGAUAUAUGGAACAGAAAGAACAGAUCUUCCUAUUUUAAGCAAACAASCUAAUCAGCAGCGACCUCCUAGUAUUAGCAUAACUUUGUCAACAGAUUGAUAUUAAAUUGGCCAGUAUGAAAAAUAAAUUACUGAAACUUUAUCCUGAUAUUGGUACAUUAAGCUCUUUAAUAUGCCAUACAUUACUUCCUUAAAUCUCAAAUGCRUAAAUACUUGGCUCAUGUUUGACAGUUACAGUGAAUAGACAACAGUUAUAAUUAYUUUGAGUCAACUUCUGAUAGCUUUAUAGCUUCAUGAAAAGGUUAUACCUUCACCAACUGAACAARCAUUGAUUGCUUGAUUGUCACUGACCAAGGUGUGUGACUUCUUACAGAUGUACAAUGUGGAAAUAAAUAGAGCCUCUCUCCCAGAUUCUACUUUUUGACUACCACUUCGCAUAGGCAAAACUGCAAGUACUUGGUUUUUUUUUUUUUUUAGGAGGAUUCUUGCAGUAUUGUCAUGCAAUUUUGGAAAAGCAUUGUAAGAACAAACACUGUCUUACAUGAGCCAUGAGAAAGCUGUGCUUACAUGUAAGGUUAAACUAGAAGCAUAAUUUCAGUGUUCAAUGUCCUAGUGGCUUUUGUAUUGCUAGUUAGUACAUGUUGCAAUGUUUGUUCUUCUUUAUGCCUUUGUAAGUCUGAUUUUAGAUGCAUUUUGGUUUACCUGUAUGUCUUCAAAACUGGGCCAAACUAAUACAGCAGCAGUACUCAUGGAUGGGWGUUAUUAUCCUUUGCUAUAGUAGUUGCUCUUUACACUUAAAAAUUAUGUGACAGAUUCCAYCUUUCUUUAGGAUUCUUAAAUAUCAGUUCCAAAACUACUCACUGAAAAGUCGGUCAUCAGUGUUUUUAUUGUCUGUGGGGAAGAGAUGUGCUUAUUUACCAAUGUUAUGUAGAAAUAUGAGCCCUUUGCACUGACUCAAGCAAAUCAGGACUGUGAAUGAGCUUAACAUGAUUUUUGUUCUUGAGACUAAGAGAAUACUACCAAAGGACAUGUACUUUCAGUACCUUGCAAGCACAAAGGGAAAUUAUAAUGUAAAUAUAACUAGCACUGUAAUUCCUAGGGUGUUUUUUAUAUCACUUUUCUAGUUUGAAAUUCUAAACCAGCAACCUGUUCAAAGUUUUACCUAACCUUCAACCUUCAGUGAAUUUGUUUGAUAACAACUUUUCUAACGUUACAAUUUUAAUUUAGAAUGGACAUUAAAACUUCUUAUGCAAAAAUCUGAAGAAGCAGUAGCUGACAACACCACUCCAGAAGCAGUUAUUAGCUGUUAARCAGGCAAUAUAUUAUUAUGAGUGGAGAAAUAGGAUGAAGAUCUAAGGCAUAGUGGCUCCCAGCUAUCCAGGUUUCUGCAGCUGUUAAUACAUUACUGUCAAGAACAUUGUAAAAAAACAAACACUAAAAUUCUGGUAGACUUCCCCAUUUKUCUGAGAUAAGUUUAGAUACUCCUUUUUGUAUUCAACUGAAGCACAAGUAACUUCUAAACAGCAAAUGUUAUUCAGGUUUAUAGCAAUUAAUAAGCUGGUUAAUUAACGAAAUGAGUAAGUAAGUUGUGUAAUUGUACUACUAAGACCACAAACUGGAUGUGUGUAUUCCUUAGAAUUCAUCAAAGUAUGCAGAAUAACCCCAUCAGUCUGUAGGUGUUGGUAUUCAUUUGAGAGCCUGAGUUUAAAGGAAUGUGCCACCAUUUCUUAUUCUUUAUUUUGUUGUGUGACGCUGUUUGAUUCUGGUAAUGCAGUACUUCACCUUUUCACAGUGAAGUAUUUCCUACUUUUACAUUAAAACUUGUAUUUCUAAUGAAGAAACUACRAAUUUGCCCUGUUGAGUUUCUAAUACUUUGGCCAGUGAGAAAAACUGGUUCUUUAAGGUUGUUUUUGUACACACUUCUACAGCAGAAAAUUURGCCUCCUUUUAAUAGGUUUUUCUGCAAUACACAUUAGAACAUUUGUUUCACAUUGACUAAUGCAUCUGGCUGCUGGACAUGCCUAACCACAAGCAACUGCAGAGUGUCAGGCAGCUGAUAGUAGGCACUGGCUAUCUCUACACACAAUGGAUGUMGACCUCUUCCUUCACUUGAAAUUUGUUCUAGAUUUUGCAAAGAAAUAACCUACAGAACUUAACAUCAGUUUCCUGAUCAGCUUUYGCAGUGUAGGAUCUAAGAAUUGUUUGGAAAAAAAAUUGCAGUAAUUUAAAUUGAUAUAAAUUAGAAUAGGUAAAUAAAACUGCAGUAGACAAAUAUCAGUUGUUAUAGUAUURGUUGUGAGGUAGCGUUGAGCGUCUAGAAUUUUUGAGAAUUCUACUGGUUUUUGUUUGCUUCAUUUAAUUUAUGAUUGUCUGUUACCACCACUGUAGACACUCUUUCAAGCAGGAUGUUGAUGUAAAAGAUACUUAUUAUACUGCAAAGAUGUAGUUCUAAAUAAUUAGAAUUUCAAAGGAUCUAAAAUGCCAUAAAGUGUAGAUAUGUAACAUAAUGUUUCCAGUACUCUUGGCUACAAGGAAAAUAGUGUUGAAAUAGUUUAUCCUUUUAUUUUAUCCAGCUGGGCUGGCUUGAUCCCAAGACAAAGGCUUGUAUUGGUACAACUGAAAUAGCAUAAAUCUUCAUACUUUUUUGAGAAAAUGAUAAAAGGAAGGGUUCUUGGUACUAAAGGCUGUUUUUUCUAUGCAUAUGUGGUCUCAUAUAAAUACGUAUGUGUUUGUCUCUGGAGUAACUUACUCAGUGAGCAUGUUUUUGUGAGCUGACAUCACACCUUCAUACUGAUCGAGUCUAAAAAAUUUCUUUCCUGAGUACCAAAACUUUGAGUUUCUUUCUUUUCUUAAAAAGUGAGAAGUUAAAAAAAAAAAAAAAAAAAAAAAAAAAAAAAAAAAAAAAAAAAAAGCAUGAUAAAGGAGACUGAGGGCAGAAUUAUUUGUUGUCCAAAUAUCCAUGGUGCAGGAUUAGGAGAAGGGUGGGGAGAGACAUGGGGGAAGGAAGCAUUGAGCAGGAAGCAGAUAUUUCUAAAAUUGUCAAACUCUGGGGGUUUGAGUAUUUUCGAAUCACUUCAGACUGUGGAAUAGAAAAUCUUUGUUAAAGUAGAUGUCUUGUAACAAUGCAAAGGAAACCCAUUAAGACAGCCCAUAUUACAGUGGGCCCAGGAGUGGGUAGUUCUGAUGAMUACCUUCCAAACACACACAGCUGCAACAUUCUGCAGGGAAAAUGUUAUGUAGGAGUGAAUCAUCUCACUUUGUAAUAGGAGAAGUUGUUCCAAUGCUGACGUUUAUAACUGACCUUACUGUUCCAAAUCAGAGGGCACUGUUUCCAAGGAUGGCUUUGAGCAGCAACACUUUCAAAACUCAUUGAAGCUGAGAAGAAUUAUUUUCUUUUGUGAGAAUAUGUAACAUUUGUGCAAAAAGUGUAUGGCCUCUAACCACUUGCUGUAGAGCUGCAAUGACUUUUUGGAAUGGAUUUAAAUGUCAUGUAUUGCCUUGAUUACCUAACAGAUUUGAAAGGUACAGAAAUAUAUAGCUAUUUUAGCCACACUUCUCUCCAAAGGGGUUUCCUGUGAGAAAUUCUAGAAUUUUCUAAUGUAAUUGUCUGAUACCUUUUGUYGGUGUUUGAGGCAUACAGUGCUGUAUAUAGGUGUGUAAUAUAUUGCCUUUUGUAUUUGUAUAAUUCUCCUUCUAAGACUAGAUGUGCACAUUUCUUGAUAUUCCCUGAAGUCUGUGGAAUAUCUGCCUCAGUCUGUAGAUGUCUGUCUUCACAUCAGAACCUGAAAUUGAGCAACUGCCACACUUUCAUUCUUCAGCUCAUUAUGUGACACUGUUCUUUGUUUUAGUAACACAGUUUUCCACCUUUUUUGCAGUGAARUGUUCUCUUAAUUGUACAAGAAAACUUACAUUCCUAAUGUAUAGCCUACAAGAUUGUCUUUUUAGUGUUUAAUAAUUUUGUCAGUAAAAUAAACUGGUUUUUUUUGAAGUUGUAUGCUUUUGUAAAUACUUUGUACAGCAGAAAAUGUUGCCUCUUUAUGACUUUGUCGAAAUACACAUUACAUA